AUGUCUUCACCAGUUUCUCGUGAGGAUGAUGACUCGUUCAUCCAACCUGAUAGUGACCAACGGAGCGUUGAUGAUGAUGAGGUUCACGAUGAUCAGAGCGAUAGAUCCUCUUUGACGUCUUUGACAUCAUCUGUAUUGAACGGAACUGUUGAAGGAGGUAGAACCUAUGCCGUCUAUGGCAAAGAAGAAUAUGGACUCCCUAUGGACGAGGCGGAGCUUGACCGCAUCGACAUGUGUCACACCAAGUACUGCGCCCUGAUUGGAAAGAAACGCCACUUAGCGCCCAUCACCAAUCCCCAAAAGAUCCUAGAUCUUGGCUGCGGAACAGGAAUCUGGUCUAUUGAAAUGGCUGAGGAAUACCCUGCCGCUGAGGUGAGAUAUCAUUUCUGUCUAUUUAUUCACUGGGUACCCCCAAACUGCCGCUUUGAGCUUGACGAUAUCGAGAGAGAAUGGACAUGGAAGGAAGACAGCUUUGACUUUGUUUUUGCACGAGACUUACUGCUGGCUAUUCGAGACUGGCCGGGGCUCAUCGACCAAGCAUACACCCACUUGAAGCCUGGAGGCUGGGUUGAGUUCCAGGCCAUUGUCGGUCUACUCGGCAGCGACGAUGACUCGAUCCCCGAGGACAGCUACCUACGCAAAUUCUCAGGCAUGAUGGAGACAGCUUCCUCCAAAUUCGGCGCAAGUCUUACCGAUCCCAUGAAGUGGAAGGGUUGGCUCGAGGAGCGAGGCUAUGUGAACGUAACCGAAAAGGUUUUCAAGCUGCCAUUCAACCCGUGGCCCAAGGACCCACGAAUGAAGAUUCUUGGCGCCUGGGAGAUGGAGAACCUCCUUAGCGGGCUCGAAGCCAUGGUGACGAGGAUGUUUCAAAAAGGCCUUGGCUGGUCCGACGCCGAAGUGACUGUGUUCCUCGCAUUUUUGAGGAAGGAGAUCAAGAACCCGAGAAUGCACGGAUAUUGGCCCUACUACGUGGUCUACGCACAAAGACCAAAGGACGAUUGA